GUGGAUAUCGUGUUGAUCGCUCAACCCGAUCAUCAGAUAUAAAUGAGAUCGCACAUCCCUUUCCUAGCUGUUAGGAAUAUUCGUCACUGUCGCAGUAUACCACACCAUACAUCUAUCCAUAUUCCUUCGCGCUCAGCAAUAUCCACAAGAAUGUCCGGCGAACUCGAGAAGUGGAAGCAGACCCUGGUGGGGAAGAAAUACGUUGAAGGCGGGGCGUCGGCGGAGUCCGAUAACACAUUCAGCGAAGCCACACUGCCCGAGAAGAAACGUAUCGUGAACCCGGGCAUGUUCCUCACGAUGGACUUUCAGAAAGACAGACUGAAUGUACAUCUGGAUGAUAAUAAAGUUUGUACCAAAGUUACUAUGGGUUGAAUCUGGUGUUUCCAUGGGUGGAUCGACUUGAGCGGUGGUUUUCUGGGGUUCGAUAGCUGGGUUUUCAUCAUUGUGUUUGUAUAUAUUAGGAUAGAAAUAUUUUACGAUUUUCUAUGACAAUGGAUUGUUUCAAGAUGAUGGUGGACGCUUGAUCUGAAUCACGUGUACCUUCGCCUACCUUGCC